AUGGUGCAAGGAACUAUUGGAUACUUAGACCUUGAAUACUUGCACACAAGUCAAUUGAUUGAGAAAAGUGAUGUUUAUAAUUUUGGAGUGGUUCUUGUAGAGGUAUUUACAUGGAGACAGGAACUUUCAUUUGAUAAGCCGGAGGUGGAGAGAAGUUUAGUAACGUAUUUUCUCAUUUCUUGGAAAGAGAAUAGAUUGUUUAAAUUUCUUAGGAAACAUAUAGCAAAUGAAGGCUAUACGGAACAAUUGAAGGAAGUGGCAAAUUUUGCAGAGAAUUGCUUAAGAUUGAAAGGGGAGGAUAGGCCUACUAUGAAGGAAGUAGCAACUGAAUUGGAAGAUUUAAAAAGGAUGGAGAAGCAUUUGUGGGUCAAUGUUGAUUUGAACUUUGAAGGGAUUGAACACUUGCUCGCUAAGACAUAUGAUUCUGGCAAAUAUUGGUAA